ACGGACGGGCGUGUGGUCCGCAGCCGCGUAACACUCGCCGGGCGGGCAGUCGUGCAAGAAACAAAGUGAAGAAGUAAAAAACUCCAAUCAGCACAGAAGAAGAAACAUACGCACAUACGGUGUGCGAUCAGUUAUGUGAAGGUUAACCGGAAAUUUGUGUUGUGAGAAAAGGGGGGAAAAGAACCAAGUGCGUGUGUGCGUGCGCGCUUGUGUGUGUGCGCACGUCCGCGAUUGUAGUGUGAUGCCCGUUUCGUGUUCUUAAAGCCUCCAUAGCCGUAGUCUCUAGCGGUGUGGGUGUAUGUGCCCUUGAGUGACUGUUUGUGUGCGUAUCGUGUGAGUAACGGGGAGUUCUAUAGGUGCCGCGUUUGGCGCAGCCACAGACUUCCUCUCGAAUUCUCCUUAGCCAAGAAAUAUACCCCGUAAACGGAAAGACAAAAACAUUGCGUUGUGAGUGACGUGUGUGACGUUUCGGGUAACGCGCACGUCCCGUAAGUGUGUGUUGGCUGUGUGCGCGCGUGUUCGCGGUUUUCUGUGUGUAUUGCACUCGAAGGUGCAUUGUGUUGUACGUGUGCCGAGCCCUGGGUGUUCCUGGGUGUCUCCCCAUACCCCUACCACCCAAUAGACUUUUGCGGACCCGCGAUGCAGUUGCCAGAGGGUUUCUCCCACGUUGGCGACGGCCGCCUGUGCAUCAGCGAGGAACUCUUGCUGGAGCUGAAGUCGAAGAGGGAUAUCCACGAAGUAUACCAGGUUGCAGACACCUGGAUCGCCAAAGGCAUGUACGGCAUCGUUCGAGGCGCCGUAUCAAAACAAUCUGGCAUUAGCUACGCGGCCAAAUUUCUACGUCGACGCAGGCGGGGCCAAUGUUGCCUGAGCGAAAUCAAUCACGAGAUAGCGGUGCUGAUGCUGUGCGCUGACUCCGACCAUGUCGUGAAGCUGCAGGCCGUCCACGAAACGCGCUCGGAGUGCGCCCUCAUAUUGGAGCUUGCGACCGGUGGCGAACUGCAAUCACUCAUCGAUGACCAAGGCCAACUGAUGGAGCAGACGACGCGCGUUUGCAUGCGUGAAAUUUUGCGCGCCCUGCAACAUAUGCACAGCAAAUCCAUCGCACACCUCGAUCUGAAGCCGCAAAACAUACUACUGGUCGGGAAAUCCGUUGACGAUGGUCUGAAACUGUGCGACUUUGGGCUUGCUCGGUUCAUUGCGGAGAAGAACAAGAUCUACGAGAUCGUCGGUACGCCCGACUAUGUGGCACCGGAGGUGCUGCAUUACAAUCCGCUAUCCCUGAAGUCGGACAUCUGGUCAAUCGGCGUGCUCGCUUACGUCCUGCUGACCGGGUUAUCACCGUUCGGGGGCGAAAACAAACAGGAAACGUUCCUGAACGUCACCAAAUGCUCGCUCACCUUUCCGGACGAUUUGUUCAGAGGAAUAUCGAGCGAUGCGGUCGACUUCAUCAAGAGCGCGCUAAGAAUCAUGCCAAAGGAUCGACUGACCGUCGAGGAGUGUCUUGAGCAUCGGUGGUUAAAAGAGGAUACGGUUUGGCAGGCAGAGGAAAGGUUGGCCGCUCGUGCCUCAGCGGCACACAAUAAAUCCGGCACCAGAGCUGUGAAUGGAAACGGUAUUGCGAGUGGAAGCAAUGCAGCGGUGGUAGAGCAUGGAAAUGGUUACGGCAUGCAACCGUUACCGGUGGUAGAAUGUGGCGGCAUUAAUAGGGCAAACGUUGCCACAGAAGAAUUAUGCGAAUUGCUUGAAGGAGACGGUGACGGAGGAGGAGGAGGCAUAGUAGUAGGUGGUGGUGGUACAGGAAGAAAAUCGUCUCCCCCAGCAGAGCCGAAGUUAACACAGCGUGAUAUUAUCACGAAUGGGGAAGAAAAUAAGGAAAAUGUUAUUGUCGGUAGUGUGCGAGUGUCGCAGUCACUGUUUCCCGAUGCACCCACCACGCCCAAGGUUAGCCGAAAGACGCUACCGGCAAAGACGCCGAACGAGGGGAAUCCCGUUGCCUACCUUCAUCGCCAUCAUUUUCACCACCACCACCACCACUACAACCAUCAGGCGCCGCAAUAUUUGCUUCCGAACAGUUUUAUAGCGCAGCAAAUCCACCGUGUGCUCAACCAUAACCUUUCACUGGCCAAGAGUGCUGGCAGUGAUAAUAGCAGCAGUAACGGCGGCAGCUUUGCGUUCGCCACCCGCCAAGGUUCAUCGUCGGGUGUGAACAAUUUUGUACAAAACAUAAUACCUGUGAUGCAGCGCAGUAUUGUUGCAGGUAGUUGUAGUAGUGAUAGUAGUGGUUGUAGUAGUGAUAGUAGCAUCGAGGUGAUAUUUCCACCGGAACUUCGCGUCGAGAACGUGAUCGAUCUAACCCGCGAAAACCUCACGCCACCGGUAAAGGAAUGGAAUGAACCCGAUGCGGUGAAUGAUUCCAGCAGCACUACAACAAACGGCUGUACGAACGGUACCAAUACUUCGUUACCGAUUACCCUUGGCGAUGUGGCUGCCAGUGCCAACGACACCAACACCUCUUUCUCUGCGGUCGCCGCAUCGACGGUUAGUAGCAGUUGCAGGUCGACGGCAACAACAACUGUAAGGCAUACUGCAGUUUUGGACGACGAUGAUAAGUAUGCCUUUACAAAGUUUUAGUUUACCACCUAAGGUAGUUGUGAGUUAGUUGGGGGGAUACACAUAUAUAUGUAAUUAUACUAAUUAUGUUCGUAUACGUACGUGAAUAGUUACAUACAUGUAUGUAACAGGAAGACGCUUUGAGCGUCGCCUUAAGUUGAUCCCCGUUCGUUACGGUUUCGGCCGCGCUCGGCCUGUGUGUUGGGCAGUUUGGUAGAGCCAAAUUGUUUGUUAUCAAAACUCUCCUAACGCGCGCUAACCGAACGCGCGCGCGCGCGCUUAUACGGUACUUAACACAAACUAAGUAAACAUACGCUGCCAAAACGUUAUAGACCUAUUUACGUUAGAAAAUUGUUCGAGUGCAAGGCUGAACUUUGCUGGGCAGGGAAAACACCACGCUUCUGAAGCGUUUUUCGUGUACGGACAUGCAUUUCUGUGCGUUUGUUAUGCCCGACACCACUACCCACUGCUUCGAACUCGGGUUGUGAAAAGAAGGAUAUAAGCUGUUCUUUCUUUUCAGCUUUUUCGCUUUCGCGUGGUUUUUAAUCAGUCCGUUUUAUUCUACUGGUUAAUUUCGAACGUGUGUGCCUCACUCAUAUUCCGUACAAAUUCAGUUUUUUUUGCGGCUAUGGCGCGCAAACUUGAACAAAUCGAACGCGCAUCAUCACAUCCGCGUUUUUUUGUUUUUUUGAAUAUUCGGCACCACACUCGAAUGGAUACAUCGAUCAGUAUAUGUGUAUGCGACGAGAGUUAAACGAAAGAAGAAACAUAAAAAGGAGUUUUAUCUUUCAAUGGUUCUGCGACUAUCAAAAGGGCCUUUUGUUGCGUGUUCGGAACACAGCCAAAUGAACGCUUCUAAAAAGAGAAAGAGGGAGAGAGAGGGAGAGAGAGAGAGAGAGAGAGAGAGAGAGAGAGAGAGAGAGAGAGAGAGAGAGAGAGAGAGAGAGAGAGAGAGAGAGAGAGUAUGUUUAGAAAACAAAUUAAGCAAAGCAUCGGUAAUGCCUAAUUUAACGCAAAAUUUAAACUCUGUGAAUGCAUCAAUGCCAGAUGUACGAAACAUAUAAAAGACACGAUUAGGCGUGAGAGGGAACCAUUAGAAAGCCCUAUUAGAAUGUCCUGCUAGAUAGUUCUGGUUUUGCACACGCUGAAAUUGAAACGAAAACAAAAGACAUUUAGACAUACGCACGCAUUGCAACGCUGGAUAGGUGUUGUGAACUAAGCAGGUAAAUAGCAGUUGUUCGUGAAGCAUCAAGGCACACAGUGCCAAUAACACCGACAUGGUUCACGGCCGUGGAAAGGCAUUUGUUUUGCCAUGAUGUGCCUCUAACAAAAAAAAAACAGGAAAAGAGCUAGGAAAAAUGAUGGGAUAAUUUUGUUCCGAAAGGUUUCCAAACUACAAAAAAACAUCGUUUUUUGUUGUAGCGCGGGUCCAAGUCGCGGAAGUGCUUUCAGUGUUUAUCGUUCCAACUUGAUGAACACCUUGUUUUUUUUCUUAAUUGAAGGAGUGUUAAAACAAAUCGAGCGUUUCGAUAGCAUUUAAUUAUCAUCUUGUUCAAAAGCUACCCUUAAAAAUCCGUAUGUCCUUUCCAGUUUUGUUUCUCUUUUUGCAUACCGGAAGGGCUCUUCCUUAGCUAGGCAAGCGUAUUUAUAAUAAAGCUGGAUUAUUUAAAAAAACAAAACAAAAUGGUGCGUUUAACAAAUAUGUUUAAAGCAAGUGAGGCGUCAAAGAGGAGUUAUUGGAUUUUUUUUCCGUCAUGUUAGCGAUCGCGCCAUAUCGAUUGAUGUUUAGUGAAUGCAUUAGAUUGAACGUUUGCGAGCGGUGUGGGUGAGAGCCAAAAAACAUGCGCGAGUGUGCUGUUUUAACUUUGUCCACUCCCCCUCCCUUGUAUAUCAGUUGAGCUAACUCUGCCGCACAGGCGGAAUGAGCAUCGUUUCACUAGGUACAAUUGUGGUGUGUUGUUGUUUUUUUGCGUUCUUCAAAUAUGUUCAUUGGUUCUGUUUUCUCGCAUCGAUGGGGCUGAGGUGUUCAAAUCGUUUUAUGAUGAUUACUAAUCGGUUACGCUUACUGCCAUGGCGGUUCCGCGGUUUUUGUUUGCCAUUUCGUUUCCGACCAGUAUUUUAUUCCCGUCCUUAAAGGAUGCAUGGACGUUUACGGUCGAGGGGUUCUAAUUUUGCAGACAUAUCCCGGUUCAACUCUACCUGUUCUGUUUGGAUUGUUUGACUUAAAAUUGGCAAAUAUUAUGACUUCUUGACCGUAAAUGCGUGCGAAUCCGUGUUUCGGCCAAUGAGCGCAUUUUAUUAUUGCUGCUUCGUAAUUAAGAGAAUUGAGUUUCUUGAAUGUACACAAUGUUAAUGCUCUGUGGUUUCUGCCUCGUUCCGGCACGUUAAAACUAAAUUCGUCUUUUGGUUGCAGUUUUCCUUCGUUUCCGCUUUGAAUAACGUGGUCCAGCGCCACCUACCGCUCGGUUCCUGAAGCUCGUCCGAUCCAUCUGAUCCAAGUUGUGACGGCCGCUUUCAACUGUCAAUGUUCGCCGUCUCGCCGGUUCGAGGCGGCUGGGUCGUCCUUGGUGGUCCGGGUGUGCGCUAAGCUGCUUUAGCAGGAAUUAUAAUACACUGUGCAUUGCUAACGAACUGACUUACGUUAUUUUAUGUUUUCUUAAAGCCGCCGGGGGCCACUGUUUGCUGUUUUUAGUUUAGCUUCGUUACAUGAGCACCGUUUUGCGAUUGUAAUAACCUUUUGGUGCAUUUUUACCAAUCAUAUUUUGUGGCUCCGAGCGAAGAACCCAACCUAAUUGAAUUUCUUUUUUGCUAAGGGGUACGGUUAAAGAAGACACAUUUUGCCAAACGAAACAAUCAAAUAUUAUUUAAAAAAAAAAACGAAUAAGAGACGAAAGAAUCGGGACACGGAUUCUCCGGUUUCUUUUUUUUCUCUCUUGUUGGUAGGAUGUAUUUCACGCACAAAAGUAACAUUGAUCCAAAGAGAGAGUGAAUAUUUGUGGUGGAGGAAAAGAUUUUUUCGAAUGAGAGGCAACAAAACGAACACGAAAAGAGAGUGUGAAGCUAUAGUUAUUGAGUGAUGGGUUUUUCUUUUUUUUUGGUCCCAGCGUCGUUGCACUUUGUUUGGGUAGGGCAUUGUGGUUUAACCAUAAUUUUUUUUGUUCAAGAAAACGGGUUUAUCCAUCAAGAGGUUUGAAUCUUUGGUACCCGCUCACGGAUGUGAUGUGGUGCCGAAGGGUGAAACGGAAGGGAUGAU